CUUGUGAAUCGGUUCGACCGGUUUGUUGAAAUGAACCAGUUCAAAAGAGCGACUUAAUCAGGAGUCGGUUCGUCGCUACCCGUUGUGCUAGUCAAGAAUGGCAGAGAUGGACGACGAUGGUGAUCUCCACGACGUCCGGGAUGAAGACGACGACGAUUCUGAUCAGGAAGAAGAGGGGGAUUUCGAAUGGGAUGCGCCGGAAGAUGCAAGAGACUUUGACUGGGUUGAAGAGCAAGAGGUCGUUCUGGACGCAGACACUUCCAAGUCCUUUCACUUAGACACUCCAGCAGAGAGGAGUGGACAUAUUGCUGUGGUCGAUAGGAACUGCAUGUAUGUUUGGGGAGGAUACAAGAAUGCUGAAGCAACAGCCUUCUUUGACUUGUACUUGCCAAAGAAUGAAGUCUGGAUAUACAACAUGGAGAUGGGAAGAUGGAGAAUGAAGCUGUCAAAAGGAGACCUUCCUGCCCCUAUGUCGGGCAGCUGUGGUGUAUGCGUAGAUGGCAUUCUUUAUCUCUUUGGAGGCCACCAUGCUAGAGGGAAUACUAAUUUGGUUUAUCGUCUGCCUUUGAGGGCAUCAACGCUUUUCUGGGAGAGGAUGAAGGACCUGAAGGGUUUAGCCCCCACGUGUAAAGACAAACUGGGCUGUUGGGUGUACAAGAACAAGUUGGCAUAUUUUGGGGGCUAUGGAUAUGUGGCACAAGCAGGUCAUCGCGGGACAUUUGAAUUAGAUGAGAAUUCACUCAUGGGUAACCACGUGGGACGGGGUUGGAACAAUCACAUUCACGUUCUCAAUCUUGAAACAUUGUCUUGGAGUCAACCCAUCACAAAGGGAAAUGCUCCAACCCCAAGAGCAGCUCAUGCCUGUUCCACUUUAGGAAACCGAGGUUAUGUCUUUGGAGGGCGUUACAUGGAUCAUCGUCUGAAUGACCUGUACUAUAUCAACAUGGACACCUGGGAAUGGAGCGAAAUGUCUGUACCACAGCAUGGUCCAGUUGGCCGCUCAUGGCACUCUUUCAUACCCGUUUCAUCUGACCAUAUCUUCCUGUUCGGUGGCUUUACUACCAACAGAGAAACGCUGAGUGACGCCUGGCUGUACUGUGUGAGUACAAAUGAGUGGAGACCAUUUAAACACAGCCACACGGAAAGUCCCAGACUCUGGCACACAGCAUGCUCAGGUCCAGAUGGGGAAGUGUUUGUGUUUGGAGGCUGCGCCAAUAACCUUCUCUCACACCAGCGAGCAGCCCACAGCAAUGAAUUAUUAAUCUUCAAUGUUCAGCCCAAAUCGCUGCUUCGGUCUUGUAUGGAGGUCAUUGUUCACCACAGACAGCAGCUGGAGAGCAUGUGGGACUGCCUGCCCAAGCAUCUCCUGCAUAGCAUCAAACAGUGGAUUGGUACCACCAACACUGGAGGUUCCUAAAACUAAGUGCACACUUCAGUGAACUGAGAGCAAUAGUGAACCUCUGUGUAUGAGGGACAGCAGCUUUGCUUAAUUGCCAAGACCCACUGGCUUAUGCAAGGAGGUGGUCAAGGGAAAAAAAUGCAAUUGUGGAGAAGUCAAAGGACCCUUCUAGUCAAGUCCAACUUUCUGUGUUCUGUAGAAUAGUCGUGCUCUGACAUAUAAACUGAAAUGUAUGGCUUAGCAUAUGGCAUGGUUUAAUAUUCAAACAGCUCCUAAUUCUCACCUACACUACCAGUCAAAAGUUUGGACAAACCCAUUCAUAGAAUAGGUUUUCAUUUAGACACCCUCCCUCCAGCAAGACUGAUUGACGUAAAUGCAUUAACAAGGAUGGAUGUUCCACUAAUUCGCAUUUAAAGAGACACAAUGUAAUCAGGAUAAUAUAAAGACCUUGGUUCUAAUUCCAUUUUUCAAUUUUAAGACGCUGUUUACACCUUGUAUUAACUUAUUCAUCUCCGGAUCGCAUCCGUUUCUUUCUGAUUAAACACUGGUUUACACUUUUCACUAAAAUGCAUCCCUAAUGUGACCAUAUGACAUCCGAUUUUACUAUGUCAUGUAAAAAGCAUGCCAGUUCAUAUGUUGUUUCUGCUUUAUAUAUUACUUUUUCCUGUCACCAUAUGAAUCAACAAGCUUGGCAUGGACACUUU